AUGAACGGGGUCGAGCACCGCCGGAAACAUGCGCCUCUAGACAGUCCAACAUCCCAAGCCGCGAGUCUGGUGGGACGGCACUCGUUCUCGCUCGAUGACCCCGUGCCGACUAUGACGCACGACUCUGAGGCGUCGUCGAAAGGCUUCUUCGAGCUGCCGAAGCAGGAUCAGUCGAAUUUCCUGCUGCUCGUGCUGCUGUACUUUCUCCAGGGUAUCCCGAUGGGGUUGGCGACGGGGUCUGUUCCGUUUUUGCUGAAGAGCCACGUUUCGUAUACUGAGAUUGGCGUGUUCUCGCUCGCCAGCUACCCGUACAGCUUGAAGCUGUUGUGGAGUCCCAUCGUGGAUGCCGUGUGGAGUCCGAAGCUGGGGCGGAGGAAGAGCUGGAUCUUGCCGAUCCAGACCAUCAGUGGUUUUGCAAUGCUUUGGCUGGGCGGGCGUGUGCAGGAGAUGAUGAUUAGUGCUGAGGCGAAGGAUGGCGGUGGAGUAUGGAAUUUUACAUGGUGGUGGUUUGCAUUAGUGUUUCUAUGCGCGACGCAGGAUAUUGCUGUUGAUGGUUGGGCGUUGACCCUCCUUUCGCACGAAAAUCUCUCUUAUGCCUCGACCGCACAGACUGUCGGUCUCACAGCCGGACAGUUCCUCUCAUACACCGUUUUUCUUGCCUUCAAUUCGAAAGACUUUGCGAAUCGCUGGUUCCGACCUGCCGAUGCCCCCCUAGAAGUCGGUCUCAUGACUCUGGACGGAUAUCUUAAGUUCUGGGGCUGGGCGUAUCUCAUCGUAACAGCCGGUCUCGCCAUCAUGAAGACGGAGGAGCGCACAAGGAACACGGAUGGCAUCUGGGACGUGUACAAAGUCAUGGGCGGCAUCUUGAAGCUCAAGAACAUUCAAACCUUCAUCAUCAUUCAUUUGAUCGCGAAGAUUGGAUUCCAAGCCAACGAUGGCGUCACGAACCUCAAACUGCUGGACAAGGGUUUCAGCCAGCAAGACCUUGCUCUUACCGUCCUCAUCGACUUUCCUUUCGAGAUCUCCCUAGGUUACUAUGCCGGAAAAUGGUGCCAAACCUACCCACCCAUGAAGCUAUGGUCUUGGGCCUUUAUAGGACGUUUAGGAGCUGCUGUUUUUGCUCAAUUCGUUGUCAUGAUCUUCCCCUCAGGCGUGACACCGGCCACGGGCGUGCCAACAUGGUACCUUCUCACCGUAAUCGUGGAGCACGUAUACAGCACCUUCAUGAACACGGUCAUGUUCGUAGCUAUCAGCGCUUUCCACGCUCGAAUCGCGGAUCCAGUCAUCGGGGGUACCUACAUGACGCUCUUAGCUACCGUCUCCAACCUCGGUGGCACAUUUCCCCGCUUUUUCAUCCUUAAAUUCGUUGACUUGUUCACCGCUGCAACCUGUAUCCCUCCCACCAAUCCACCCAAUCCGGACGGCCUGAAGUCACCGCUCGUCACCUCUCCCUUCUCUUGCGCGCUAGAAGCGGAUAAGCACCGCUGCAAGGACGGGGGUGGAACGUGUAAUAUCACUACUGAUGGCUACUACGUCAUGAACGUGAUCUGUGUGGUCAUUGGGGUGGUGACGUUUGUGGGUUUCAUACGGCCAGCGGCCAUGAGGUUACAGGCGCUGCCGUUGAGGGCGUGGCGGAUGGCGAAUUGA